CGGCUAAUUAUCUAGCACUUCUAAUCGAACCUUGGCGCAAUCGAUGGCCGAGAGCAGCAGCGUUGGAGACGACCACCGCGCCGUAGUCACCGCCGUCCCCACCCUUUUGUCGCUUGCUCCGUCGACUUCGGGCUGGAAUUCCUACCCUAAGUUCUCAUCUUUCACGCACACUCCCUGCUACUGUGAGGAAAAUGUCUACUUGCUCUGCAAGAAACUUGUCAUGCUUGGGGUUGCUGCUCCUACUGUGCGUGAUCUUUUUGUCGUAUUCAUAUCCAAUGAUGAUAAAAAGAUACCACUAUGGAAUCAGAAAGCAAGCAAAUCAUCAGAUAAGUUGGUGAUUUGGGAUUAUCAUGUGAUUUGCAUUCAGAUUGUAAAUCAGAAAAAUGCUGAAGAAGGACGUUCAUCUCACCUAAUUUGGGAUUUGGAUUCCAGUCUUCCCUUCCCUCUUCCACUUGACCAGUAUGUUUCAGAAACUUUUCGCCUACAUUUACCACUGAAGUCUACGUAUAAAAGAUGGAAGUGAAAAUAACCUUGAUGAGUAUGUUCGGAUUCGUGCUGCUGAUGCCAUGACCGAUAUUAAUGCUUUGGUUGAUGGUUUAUACUCGAACAAGUAUGGUGUAUUGAUUAGUGAAGCCAUGUUGGAGGCUUUCUUUUCUCUUAUACAUUAAUUAGGGAUUUCUCUUUUUUCCUUCGUAACCUGCUUUUCUAUGUAAGGUGAAUCUGUUUAAUGUACACUGCAAUUUUUUAAUUGUACAGAUUUAUAUCAUAAAUAAGAAAAAAGUUAAGUGAUACAUAAA